UAAUAUACUAAUUUUUUUUGUCUUUUCUCAAUAAAAUAUAUAGUUUGAUGUGUGAGUAAAUGAGUCAAAAACAGAAAGACUUAGCUUUUAAAGAAAAGACAAGUUCAAUCUGCUAAUCUCAACUUUUGCUUUUCACCAAUCGAUUCAUUUUGAAACAUAAAUAACAACAGAAUAAUAAAUUUUUUUGGCUUGAUUAGAAAUAUUUAAAGAAAUGCAGAGUUAAAUUUGCUAAUGCAUUUCGUGUUAUUUUAUUGAAAUAUUAAUAGUCAUCAGUAUGCCAAUAAUAAGGACAUGAUAUAUGGUCAUCUUCUGUUGGUUGAAUGAUGUGGGAGCAUUUGGUCACUAUGUGGCUAGACACUCUGAACUCAUAAACGAUAAUAGGUGCCUACUCACAUUGCCCUCUAUUCACUUUUUCCUUUCUUUUCACUUCUCUCUCCUUCUUUGUUCGCUCUCUGGUAUAUAGGGUUCUGUUCUAUAUGAAGUAGACACAAUUGGAGUGAUCGAGUAGUGCAGUGAACAUCUAUACCGAGGGUGGCGGUAACGCUACUCCUCCACUUUAUCAUUAUUAAUCACAAUAAAAUACACAAUGUAGUAGUAACGAAAGAGAACAUCAUCUCAUCUCUCAUUUUCGUUACGUCCCGGUAUCACAAUAGUAAGGGUGUGGGUGUGCGGUGUGGGUGGGUGUAUGUGGAUGUCAGUGUGGGUGUGGGUAUGGGUGAACCUUCUGUUCUUCCACACGCACACCCUUAACAGAAAAAGACAUUUUCUCAUGUUGUCUCAUUAGGAAUAUUUAAACUACGCUCAAUAGAUGAACUAUAGGCAAAUAGUAUGAUAAAAUUCUUAUAGUUCUUUCACAUGUUCAUGUUCAGCUAUUCUUGUAAAUAUUUGUAUAAUAUUUUUUACUUCAGAAUGAUCAAGUGAAACACCCACACCCUCGAUCAAGACUGAAAAAUGAAGAUGAUUUUUCAAUAAUAUCGAUUGGUGCUGGAAUUGCUUGACAAAUUUGAACUAAAUUUUGUGUUAAAUAAAAAUCAGAUAGACCGCUGCCUGCGAUACAAAUGCAUAUGAGUGAUGAAAUUAGUAUAGAAUUGUUUGGAACUAUUGAAAUUGAUCGUUGAAUAAGACAAGAUACAAAACAACAUCUAUUAAAAUGAAUGAACAUUGACAAGAUAUUAAAAAUACUCUCAGAAUACAAUAUGGAAAACAAUUUCUAUAAAAAUUUUAAAUAGCUGACUUUUAAACAUUCUUUUCUAAGGUUAAACAUAGUAAAAUAAACAGUCAUUCUCAAAUUUCCUAGUAAAGUUCUUAUGACUCUUGUUUAUAGUUUACAGGAUGAGAAAGAAGAACUUCUUAAAUAUUUAAAUUUGAAGAAGAAUGAAUAUAAAGUCACGAAACUGUCAAGAUAUGAAGGAAUGACUUUCCAUUUGUUCUACGAAAUAGUCUUCUCUUACUUACAAUAGUAAUUACGCAUCUAAAAUAAAAAUUUUGCAUUCAAUUCUUUUGCAAUAUUUAUAUGCAAUUAAAAAUUAAAACAUUUAAAUUUUUAGUGUUUUGGGGUGUGGGUGUGGGUGUGGGUGUGGGUGUGAGUGUGAGUGUGGGUGUGGGUGUGGGUGUGGGUGGGUGUUUGAGUCAGGACGAAUGGAAGGCUGAUACCCACACCCACACUCACACCCACACCCCACACACACACACCCACACCCACACCCACCCACCCACACCCCUCAAGGAUACUCUACAUCAACUCAGACAUGUUGCAACGGUUUUAUUAAAACUGGUGAUGCAUGUUGUGAUGGUCAAGGAUACUCUACAGCCACUCACACAUGCUGUAAUAGUUUUAUUAAAACUGGUAAUGCAUGCUGUAAUGGUCAAGGAUACUCUACGGCAAAUCAGACGUGUUGUGAUGGUUUCAUUAAAACUGGUAAUGUAUGCUGUGAUGAUCAAGGAUACUCGACAGCAACUCAGACAUGUUGUAACGGUUUUAUUAAAACUGGUGAUGAAUGUUGUGAUGGUCAAGGAUACUCUACGGCAAAUCAGACGUGUUGUGAUGGUUUUAUUGAAACUGGUAAUGCAUGCUGUAAUGGUCAAGGAUACUCCAUAGCAACUCAGACAUGCUGUAACGGUUUUAUUGAAACUGGUGAUGAAUGUUGUGAUGGUCAAGGAUACUCUACGGCAAAUCAGACGUGUUGUGAUGGCUUCAUUAAAACUGGUGAUGAAUGUUGUGAUGGUCAAGGAUACUCUACAGCAACUCAGACAUGUUGCAACGGUUUUAUUAAAACUGGUGAUGGAUGUUGUGAUGGUCAAGGAUACUCUACGGCAAAUCAGACGUGUUGUGAUGGUUUCACUAAAACUGGUAAUGCAUGUUGUAAUGGUCAAGGAUACUUUACAGCAACUCAGACAUGUUGUAACGGUUUCAUUAAAACUGGUAAUGCAUGCUGUGAUGGUCAAGGAUACUCUACGGCAACUCAGACAUGUUGUAAUGGUUUUAUUAAAACUAUUGGUGCAUGUUGA